AUGAAUGAUUGUAAACAAAACAAUGACAACAGCAAUAACAACAACAACAACAAUAGCAAGAACAAGAAUUCCAAACCAAAGAGUUACAUUUGUAAUGCAUAUAGAUGUCUAAACAGAGAACUUGUACCUGUCGUAUGUGACAAGUGUAAACAGAAUCAUUGUCUAAAACAUAGAUUCCCAAGUGAUCAUGCUUGUGGACAACCAAAGAAACAAGAACCAAAGCCAGCUGCCAAGACCAGAGAUGAAAUGACGAACAGAGAUUACAUGGUGGCGAGGAAGGGACAACAAGACGAGCUCAAGACACUAAGAGAGCAACAGAGAAACAAUUACAUUGCCACACAACAAUCAACUUUGAGAACAGGCCAGUUUGCCUAUGAUGAUAGACUCCGCGAGGUUAUUUAUUAUAUUAAUGGCAAGAGGAAUGAUGGUGCUACACCUUAUAUCUUGGUAACAGAUAACAAUGACACACCAUUCUCAUUACAAGACCUGGAGUUGACAUUCAAGGAUCUCAAUCUUAUUCCAAACUCUACAUUAUUACUCAGGCCCGCAAAUGAGAGAACCAGACCAGAACAUAUGAUCAGUAGGCCAAAGCAAGCUUGGUCAGUAUUCAAUCCAUCUACAUGGUUCAGUUAG